AGGGCUGCCUAGUCGGGGAAGUAGACGUGUGAGCAACCUUAAUCAAAGACCAACGAAGUGAGUGCCAUGGCAGGGGCACAAGGAUUAUGCCGCGGGGAACAGAGGAAGGAGCCUUUGGUUCUGAUGGAAGGACCUGGGAAGGCUUUGUGGGAGAGGAGCCUGGUAACCUAGAAGGCGUUAGAAGCACAUAUUGGUCAAGGGAAGAGCAGGAGCUGUGUCCCUUCGCGCCCCUGGGACACAGCUUUCUGUCUGUCCAAACUUCCUUCAUUAUUCCUCCUCACUCACGUGCCUCACCCCUACACCACCCUGUCCCACCUGCUCUGGAAAGUCUCUGUUCUGGGCCCGCAUCUCUCCUAUUUAUAAACUUCUGUAUGAGUUACUAUCUGUCCCAUAAACUUGACUACAUUUUGUCUUGUCCUCUAAUUGUUUUCUUGCUACAGAAAAUAGAGAAAAUGGAUUCCUUUAAGCUCAAGAACUUUUCGUAUAGCACUUCUUGUGAAUUCUCACUGGCCUAGAUCAGUGAUUGCUUCUCAGCCAGAUUUGUCCUAGCUCAGCUUGUCUGAGAUCCACGCUGUCUUAUUCAAAUUCCAUGAUGUGGGACAUAUCCAUGAUGCGGGAAGCACUCCAGAAAAGGUGUUCCUGAAAAAAAAAAAAAAAUUGUGAUUUGGAUGUGAGAAAGGACAUGAGGAGACCAAAGACCUGGGAUUUUGCUGAUCAGAAUGAAACAAAUGUUGAAAGACUUUUCAAAUCUACUGUUGGUGGUACUCUGUGAUUAUGUUCUCGGAGAAGCUGAGUAUCUCCUCUUGGGAGAGCCAGGCCAUGUAGCACUAAGCAACAAAACAGUGUCUGUGGCUUUCCAGUACUUCAGUGGUGCCAACGGAACAUUGAGGAAUGUUUCUAUCCUGCUGUUGGAGGCCAACACCAACCAGACGGUUACUAUCAAGUCCCUCCUCACCAACCAGUCACAGGGAACACUCGAGUUCGAGUGCUUCUACUUCAAGGAGGCUGGUAACUACUGGUUCACGAUGACUCCAGAAGCAGCGGACAACAGCACUCCAGUCCCCCGGUGGGAGAAAAGUGCCCUUCUGAAGGCAGAGUGGCCCACCUUUCAUGUCGACCUAAAUCGGACGUCCCAGGCUGCGGAGGGCACCUUUCAGGUGAGCUUUUCCACCCGUCAGCCACUCUGCCCCUUCCCAGUGGACAAACCCGACAUCUUGGUAGAUGUCAUCUUCACCAACAGCCUUCCCGAGGCCAAAACGCACCAGGGACAGCCCGUGCAAAUAAGAGCCAGCAAAAGGACAGAGCUCUCUCAGAGCCAAUGGGUCGAAUUCGGCUGUGCACCUGUGGGGCCAGAAGCCUAUGUCACCGUGGUGCUGAAGCUGCUUGGCCGAGACUCGGUUAUUACUUCAGCAGGCCCCAUCGACCUGGCCCAGAAAUUUGGGUACAGACUGGAGAUGGUACCAGAACUCACGUGCGAGUCUGUGGUGGAGGUGACGGUGCGGCCUCCUCCGUGCGUCUUUGUCCAAGGGGUGAUUGCUGUCUUCAAGGAGGCUCCCAGACGUCCCGAGGAGAGGACCGUUCGGCUGGCUGAAAACAGCCUGAACCUGGGAGAGAGGAGAACUGUCUUUAACUGUACUUUGUUUGACAUGGGGAAGAAUAAAUACUGCUUUGACUUUGGCGUUUCAAGCAGAAACCAUUUUUCUGCAAAGGAGAAGGAGUGCAUGCUAAUUCAGAGAACUAUAGAAACUUGGGGACCAUGGCAGCCAUGGAGCCAGUGCAGCACCUCGUGUGGGGAUGGCGUCAGGGAGCGUCACCGAGUGUGCCUCAUGUCCUUCCCCUCCAGACCUGGCUGCCCUGGAGCGUCCCUGGAGACCUCCCUGUGUUCCCUGGAGGAGUGCACUGCUUUCCAGCCCUCCAGCCCGUCUCCUCUGCAGCCCCAGGGUCCCACCACGUCCAACAACAUCGUGACGGUCACCGGCAUAUCCCUGUGCCUGGUCAUCAUCGCGGCCACCGUGCUCAUCACGCUGCGGAGGAAGCUCGGCCGCACCCCCGGGUGCAGCACCCCCGCCCGGCACAGCUCCACCCGCUCCCCCAGCUUCCGCAAGAACUCGGACGAGGAGGACAUCUGCGAACGCAGCGAGCAGGCCGGCAGCUUCCCGGACGGGGGCGACGGGCCCUCGGGGAGCCCGGGGGAGGCGGGCAUCCCCCUGACCGGCAGCCGGGGCGCGCCGGCGGCUCCCGAGGACGACGCCUCCGGCAGCGAGAGCCUCCCGUCCAGCGCGCAGAGGAUCAUCCCCCCUCUGUUCAGCUACCGCCUGGCCCAGCAGCAGCUGAAGGAGAUGAAGCGGAGGGGGCUGACGGAAACCACCAAGGUGUACCGCGUGUCGCAGAGCCCCCUGGCAGACACGGCCGUCGGCGCCGCCGCCUGCCCCGCCUUGGGCGCGGAGAGCCCGGAGGAGGCUGCGGCCCGCAGGUUCCGCAUCAGAUCCCCGUUUCUGGACCAGCCUGCGGUCGGCGCUGGAGAAGGGCCUCCCUCCAGGCUGGAUCUUAACGCCUCUCCUGCCAGCUGUGCGGUGAGCCCCAGCCAGACCCUGGUCCGCAAGUGGCAGGUGGAGCACGUGGGCAGCAGAGGGGCGCAGUCGGAGAGGGGCCACCCCGGGGGCUCCCGCUUCAGGAGGACAGCUAGUUUCCACGAAGCCAAGCAGGCCCGGCCGUUCAGGGAGAGGAGCAUGUCCACUCUCACGCCGCGGCAGGCACCCGCCUACGGCUCCAGGGCUCGGACCUGGGACCAGGCCGAAGGCCGAUGGAGACCCCAGAGUCGGGGCGCCCACUUGCUUCCCGAGAAGCUGGAGCCUUUCCAAGGAGCAGGGGGCGCCAGUGGUCCUCUGAGCCCCCUCCCUAAAUCCCACACCUCGGGGCAGCCUGCGAGGAAACCAGACCUGGGGGAUCGUCAGGCACGGUUCGUGGCAGGAACUGAGAGAACGGAGCCCCCCAGGUCUCGGAGGGGACCGUCCCCCAGUCACAGGAGUGUUUCAAGGAAGCACCCUCCCCCCACCUCCCCCAACGAUAACUGCCAGAGGGUCAGUCCUCCGAGCCCUUCUCAGUGCAGAAAAGGCAAGUGCCAGAGCUUCCCGGCACACCCCGAGUUCGCCUUCUAUGACAAUACAUCCUUUGGCCUCACUGAGGCUGAACAGAGAAUGCUCGACCUCCCUGGAUAUUUCGGGUCAAACGAAGAGGACGAAACCACGAGUACACUUAGUGUGGAGAAGCUGGUUAUCUAAGCCAGGAAUCAGCCUGGAACACUACACAGCCGGGUCCCUUGUCCACAUCUUUCUGUGGAUUAUUUUUGCACAACUCUCUGUGCAGUGGGACAGAAGGUAAAGAGGAAGUAGCUCAGAGGAGCACGUGUGCCUGGGCACGUGUUUUAUUUCACAAGAAAGAAGUUAUUGAUCCCGAACAUUUUCCUUUAUCAGCCUUUUCUAUUGGUUUAUUAUUCGUAACGACAAUAAAAUUUAAACAAGAGUAAA